CCGCUUCUUUCCCACUGACGCCGACUCUGAGAUGAUCCCUCCCUCACUAUGGCGUAUAUUCCGCUGUCUGUUUUCUCUUUGCGACUUAUUUAGGUCUCCUGUGUUCGCCCAUGACAGAAUGAUCUAGUCCAGAGGCUGAAAGUCUGCUCAAGUCUGGCUCGGACUCAGAGUUUGUAUCCUUUGAGUUCCGUUUGAAAGAUUCUCGUUUCUGCUUCCACGGCAGAUUUUUAUGGUAUGCUAGAGCUGAAGCUUCCAGCUAAGAGUACUCCUAUGGCUUGAUCGAUUCUUUACAGGAGGUCGAUCAAAGACCGACUUUGCUCCGUACUCCAGGCGCCCCCCUAUGCAAUAAAUAACACUUAUAACGUAGUUCACGAGGCUUGAUCUUCCUGUGCUUUGGUCCAACUCUCUUCUGUGCAAAACCAUUCCCUCAUCCUCUGCUGAAAUGACUGGCCCUGCCGAAAUCGCCCACGGGCCAAUGCUCAUAGGCUUGAUGAUCAAUACCACGCUGCUUGGAGUAGUGAUGGCACAGGUGUAUAUCUACAUGACGACGUAUCAAAAAAGGGACAGACUAUGGAUGAAAGCUUUCGUUGUCUGUCUAUUCCUUACCAAUUUAACCAAUUCUAUCCUUCUCAUGGCGUACGUAUACAUCGCGCUGAUCAAACAUUUUGAUGACGUUCCUUACCUGUCCAACGCAACUUGGCUAUUUGCCACUGACCCCGCCAUGACGGGCAUCAUCGCUGGCACUGUACAACUAUUCUUCGCAUGGCGCGUCAAAGUUCUCACAUCGAACUGGUAUCUUGGCUCCCUCGUUGCUGUCCUAGCCCUAGCGGGUACCGGUGCCUCCAUCGCAACCGCCGCUGCGUCCGUAUCCACCGGUACUUUCACAAAGUUCCAAGAAUUUCAGUCGAUUGUAAUCGUAUGGCUCGUCUCUGCGUGCGUGGGGGAUUUCACUAUCACUGCUAUUUUGGUGCGGUAUCUGAGAAAGCACAAGACGGGUUUCCAAGCUUCGGAUGAAUUGGUCAAUAGGAUUAUCAGAGCGACGGUUCAAACUGGAUUGAUCACAAGUGUCAUGGCUAUCAUUGAUCUGGUUGUCUACUUGGUCGAUCCGUCAGGCUUGCAUCUGCUGUUCAACUUAAUGCUUGCAAAACUAUACACUAACACACUAAUGAGCUCGCUCAACUCUCGUGUUGGAUGGUCGUACUCGAACUCGAACCAGGAUUCUCAUUCACAGAGUGGGCUGCACGAGUUGAGGGAUCUACGUCCGCAAGGAAAUCUGACGCCGAAGUUCGUUAUUGAGGGUAUGAACAAAGGGCAGGAUGUGGGAGAUGAGAAUUCGCUGAAGAAAAGGGAGGAAGAGUCCGAGGUCUGGGAUGAUGGUGCGAAGAGGAAUGAUGCAAUUGUAUAA